AUGCUGUUAAAAGUCGUAAUAUUAGUUGGGGGAGAAACAACGGGCACCAGGUUCCGUCCAUUAUCAAUGGAUGUCCCUAAAGUUUUAUUUCCAAUAGCGGGAAAACCGCUAAUUAGCCAUAUUAUUGACAACAUUGUUUCUCAGGUUGAAGAUCAAUUGAGUGAAAUCUUAUUACUAGGGUUUUUUAAAGAUACAUCAAAGUUUGACGAGUAUUUAGAGACCACUAAAGGUAUCUAUCCAGAUUUGAAAAUCAGAUAUCUUUCGGAACCUUACCCCAUGGGAACUGGUGGUGGACUACAGUACUUUAAGAAUGAAAUUGCUUCCAAGUCUGAUCCGCAUGGUAAAGUUAUGAUCAUUCAUGGUGAUAUAGUGACCAUCUACCCUUUCAAGAAGAUGCUUGACUUUUAUGAAUCCAAAAAAGCAAAUUCUAUUAUAUUGGGGAUCGAUCCCUUAAUUUUGAUGAAUAACUCACAGAAUACAGUUCAAGUCCAAAACCAGAAUUCAUAUAAGACAUAUGAGAAAGAUAAACUUUUGAGCAACUACGGUACAAUUAUAGCGAACAAAGAGACUUCUGAAGUGGUACAUUAUGUGGAGAAACCGUCAUCAAAGCUUUCAAAGUUUCAAACAAUUGCAAGUUAUGACACUUUUAUAAGUGGGGGCAUAUACUUGUUUAAUGACAUAUUCUUUAAGCUACUCGACGAAGCCCAAAAAGAGAAAUCCUCAAAGCUAAACCAUUUCUCAAUGGAUGAUAUCGAUGAUGACACUGUUGAUGCAAAUAUCUUGUCCUUGGAGUUAGAUGUUUUGAAGAUACUCGCUAGUGAGAAGCAAGGGAAGUUCUAUACCCUUAAAUCAAAUAGCUUUUGGUACCAAUUGAAAACACCCGUGUCUGCAUUAUUAGCCAACAGUUUCUUUCUCGAGCGUUGCUUGCAGAGCGAAUUUAAGAGUGAGCUUAUGCAACCUUCCAUAAAUAUCUAUCCACCGGUUAAAAUAUGGGGUUCGGAUUUGCCAGGCGCUCAAGGAUACAAAAUAGGACCGAACGUAUCUAUUGGGAGGAAAGUCAAAAUAGGAAGUGGAACAAGGUUGAAAAAUUGUAUUAUUGGCGAUAAUGUAUCAAUAGGUGAUAAUACUUUUAUCGCUAAUGCUAUAAUUUCAAAGGGGGUCAAGAUUGGUAAAUGGUGUCGAAUAGAAGGAACAAUGGAUAACAGCACUAUCAGUAAAGAUUUAACUAGAGUUAAAUCUGACGGAUACUUUAAGAUAAUCAACAACAUUGUGGUAUUGUGCGAAAAUACUACCGUUUGCAACCAGGUUUUUGUGUACAAUUCAAUUGUUUUGCCUCAUAAAGAACUAAAGAACGACAUCAAAUAUGAGAUUGUAAUGUGA